AUGAAAACCGUUCAAUAUCAAGAAGCUAUUGGAAGUAUUUUAUAUGCAGCACAAGUAAGUCGCCCAGAUUUAUCCUUUGCUGUGGGGGCUUUAUUAAGAUUUAAUAAUAAUCCUGCAAAAUCUCAUUGGAUAGCGGUUAAACGACUUUUCCGUUAUAUAAAAGGAACAAUAAAUGACAAGCUAGAAUACACUCGAGACAUUGAAGGAUGUUUUGAAGGAUUUUCGGAUGCUGACUGGUCAAUGACUCAGAUGACAGAAAAUCAACUACAGGUUAUCUCUUUAAAUGCCAAGGAGGACCUAUUUCACGGAAUGCAAAGAAACAACCUACUGUCGCUCUCUCCACCACAGAGGCUAAGUAUAUGGCCUUAG